CAACGUAACGUAAAACCGCGGUGCAAAUACUUAAAGUUGUGGCAACAAUAUUAUCGUUUCACAGUUGGUUUAUCGGUGUUUUAAAACAACUACGAUUUUCGAUUGAUUUUUGUUUUUUUUAAAUGAUGGAUGAAAGCGUAAAAAUUGAAAGCAUUGAUAAUGAGCUUGAUGCAAAAAAAGCCAUAACCACUCUAAUAUCCAAAAUCAGAGAUUAUCAAGUAAAAGUACAUGAAAUAGUAUCUAAUUAUUAUUUAGACUUUUUGCCUAAUUGCUACGACAAUGUGAAAAUUAUGAAGAAUGGUAAAUUGUUGGAAGAAGAUAUUAAUAAAGUGGUGACCUUGAUCAAUCAGGACUCUUCAUGGCAGUUAUAUAUGGCAAACGAAAGAAUGCAACAACAACGUGAAGAACUCGGCGAAUGUAUUAUUGCCUAUAAAACAGCAUAUAAACUUCAAACAAUUCAUGGAUGGUUUGAAAUGAUUCCUCGAUGUGGAGAUGAUUAUCAAAAACUUCUACAUAUAAUAGAAAAGAUCAAAGCACUUUUAAACGACGCAGGCGAUAAUAUACUGAUGAGAUUAGAAUGCUAUCAUAAUAUUCGAUUGCGUUGUCACGAAGAGUAUCAAAUACUGCUAUUUAAUCUAAAUAAAAAGUUUGAAUCUCUUAUUCAACUGACCGAGAAGCCGUUCCAGAAUACCAAGGCAGUUACCAUUAAGAUAAAAAAGGAUGAAGAUCAAUUGCACCAAGUAGUGCUUGCACUGAUCCACACCAAUUACAACAUACACAAGCUAUGCAAUUUUUUGAUGAACAACGUUUUCGAGCCAAUCAUAACCAAACCUGUUUUACUAGUAUGUAACGAAAAUGAUGGCGAUUAUAUGUCAUUACAGCUAUCCUACCAAUUAAAAUCAACUGAAGAUUUGCGACCAAACUAUAAGACCAUUUUCCAACAGAUGAUGGAAACAUUCUAUUGUUUAGGACAAAUGAAUAUAGUGAUAUCAGAUCGUCAGUGUAUUUUCUCAAUUAUUGCAAAACACACAAAAGGCAGAAUUUGUCGUUUGCUUAUUGAUAAUUGCUUACAAAACGAUAUCCCAAAUACUAUAGAUGAAAUGAAUGAUUCUGACAUGGCUCAAGCAGUUCAUGAAUUCAAUAAAUUUCUUACUGACAUGCUAUUUCUGGAUAAUGAGAAUGAUUGUGUACUUGACGAGUAUGCAAGUAAAAUUGAGCUUUUAUUUCAGAAAAAGUUCUGUGCUAACAUUGUGUCUAAUGCUUUUGAAAUAAUGAAAAAGGAUUUACAUGAUAUGGUACUUGUAGAAGAUCGUGAGUCCGAUUUUUCAUUUGGAUCAGACAUGUUUGCUAGUUGUAUGGUAUCAAAAAGCACAAUUGAGCUAAAAAAGUUGCUAGACAAGGUGUUAUCGGAAGGAUUAAAUGGUGAAAAAUUGUCAGAUCGCUUGAUGCAAUCGAUUGCAACUAUUUUAGAGCAGUACACUAUCCAAGUAACCCAAAGGCAUGAGAAGCUGCUACUGAAGAUACCUCAACAGUCGGCAUUAUUCCACAAUAACUGCAUGUAUUUGUCAUUUUGGUUGCAAAAGAAUGCUAGUAAACUAGAUACGGACCAUUCAUUUAUGCUAAUUGGGAACUCUCUGCGCGAUCAGGGAAAUAAAACUUUUCACUUACAAUUACAAAACCAACGUACAGUGCUGAUGCAGUCUUUACAGGAAUUUGAUAUAACUAACGGCAUUGUAGAACUGAGUCCUACGUCCCAAAAGGCAGUACGCCAAUGUAUUCGGCAGUUGGAACUUUUAAAAAGCGUAUGGCAAACGGUUUUGCCGGAUAUUGUUUACAAUAAUAGCAUUGGAAGUUUGCUGACGACUUUUUGUAUUGAAAUCAUCAAACGAGUUUUGUUGUUAGAAGACAUUACAGCAGCUCUUGGCAAUGGUCUCGUAACAGUCAUCAGGUUAAUGGAAGAUAAAGCUCCUUCCCUUUUUAAGGAUCCUACUGAUAUCACAUUACUAGUUAAACCUUGGACAAAACUAGUGCAGCUUCACACGAUUCUCGAUUCCUCACUGGUCGAAAUUACGGAGUUGUGGGCUGAAGGCAAAGGACCACUAACGUUAAAUUAUAGACCUGAAGAAGUAAAACAUUUGAUAAGAGCGUUAUUUCAAAAUACAAAUCAUAGACAGAUGUCUUUAGCUUCUAUUAUACAAAUGUAAGGAACAUGGCCAAACACUACAAUGAUACAGCCGCUAUUUUUUGUAUUCAAUUUUUUUAUUAAACGUAUGUUCCGUCUGCCGAC